AAAACCAAUAAAAAUCCCACCUUUCGUCUUCCUCUUCUCUUCUGAGUUCCGCCCGCGGUGAGGGCGAGCGAGUGAACGACAUGGGCUCUAUUCCCUGUACCGUACAAUACCAAAUUCCACUUCGUACUACUACUACUACUUCUCCUUCGUCUUCAGUGAGUCUGAGCUCUUCAUUUCUUGCGUUCACGAGGCGACUGGGAUGGUUGAGCGACUCCAGGUUGAGGUCCAAGAUGGGGCCUGAGACGAACGGGUAUAGAACUACGUGCUGGUUUAAAUUUGGUAACCGUGGAGUUGACUCUGAAGGAGCUGGCAUAUAUGGGAGUCAGAAGCGGGAUGAUUUCGAUAGGGACGAUGUAGAACAGUAUUUCAAUUAUAUGGGAAUGCUUGCUGUUGAAGGUUCAUAUGAUAAAAUGGAGGAACUUCUAAGCCAAAACAUUCAUCCUGUGGAUAUCUUGUUGAUGUUAGCUGCUUCCGAAGGUGAUAAACCUAAAAUUGAGGAACUAAUUAGAGCAGGUGCUAACUAUAAUAUCAGAGAUGGAGAUGGAAGGACAGCUUUGGAUAGAGCAGCUAGCGAUGAGAUCAAGGAAUUUAUCUUAGGCUUCUCGGUUCAGAAAGCAUGAUCUAUAUAACCUAUUCAAGCACAAUGAGAUUCUUUUGAAAUUUUCUUUGGUCUCUGGAUUAAAUCCUUGUAGAACUUAAUGAAACCGUACCUUUUGCAAACAAUAACUACUCCUUGUCAGUUAUGCUCAGUAUCAUGUUUAA